CUGAUUUUUAUAUGCAGGAGUCCAUCGCCAGAACCAAUCUAUGAUGCCAGUGGAAAGCGUUUGAAUACAAGAGAAAUUCGGAAAAGACAGGAGUUAGAACAGCUGCGCCAUGAAAAAAUUCAGGCAUUGUUGAAGUUGAAUCCAAAUUUCAAGCCACCGGCUGAUUACAGAGCACCAACAAUCCGAUUGCAUGAUAAGGUAUGGAUACCACAGGAGAAUCAUCCAGAAAUCAAUUUCGUUGGUCUCUUGAUUGGUCCAAGAGGAAACACUCUGAAAGCUCUGGAAGCAGAGACCGGUGCGAAGAUCAUAAUUCGCGGUAAAGGGUCGGUGAAAGAGGGGAAAUUAGGUCGCCGAGAGGGGCCAAUGCCAGGUGAAAAUGAACCACUUCAUGCAUAUGUGACCGGUACCGAUUCAACAGUCAUCAAAAAAGCUUGCGAAAAAGUAAAACAUUUCGGUUGUUCAUUUUGCGCUCGAUUCUUUUCAUGACU